CCUCACUCGGCUUUUCUUCGGCGCUCCACGUGCUGUGGCUGUGCCGCUUCAUCGGACUGCCAGCCUGUCUCGCUCGGCAUCUGCUCGGCCUGCCCUUUGACGCCCUGCUCCACCCUCGCCUCGCUGCCUUCACACCUCGAUGACCUGCCCCAGCUCCCAGCCCUUGACCUGUCAACUGGAUCACUCACCAGCCAGGAUCCUGGUCCCCCAGCAGGAGCCUCGUAG